AAGGAACCUGCCUGUACUGUCCCAAAGGUAAACAGAAUAUGCCAGCCAUGAGUAAAGUCCAAUGGGGAUCAUGCAGUAGCAACAACCAAGCUUGACAAAAAGGAUUUAGAUCCUAGAUUUGGUCUAUUACCCACAGACAGAGGCUGUGAUAUUAUGGAUCUUCUACACAGCUGGGGGGUCGAGCUGGUGGUCCAUUUGCAGACCAAAUACAGCUCGUAUGAGGGCUUGUUCAGCCUGGCGUCCAUGGUGGCUGAUCUACACACUACUUUCUUCUGGUUCUUCCCAAUCUGGUUCCACCUGCGCAGGGAUACAGGACUCAGGCUCAUUUGGGUGGCGGUGAUCGGGGACUGGCUUAAUCUGGUGCUGAAAUGGUAGGGUGUUAAAAUGAAACCACAAAUUCAACCAAAAGACAUAAAAAACAAACAAUUGCAUCCAUAGUUUUUUGCUCUUUCAAUGGCAGGGUUCUGUUUGGAGAAAGGCCGUACUGGUGGGUUCAUGACACCCUCUUUUACGGAGCAGGACCGACCCCUGCUCUGCGGCAGUUUCCCAUCACAUGUGAGACUGGACCAGGUGAAUAUUACCGAACGGAGCGCAUGAUGGUUGUCUUUUUCAUGUAGAACUGACUGAGUUUGACCGUUACUGUGAAAUGACUAAUCUGGCACAGUGAACUAUCAGCCUAGUGAGGCUCAGAUGGAACCUGAAGUGUUUGCCGAGUGAAAUGGAUAUCAUCUAAAAUGUGAUAACAAGGCUAUAAAUUACAGCACCUUUGUCCUUUUAUUAUGCUUCAAAUCUUUCAAUCUGAGUAUACUGAUUUGGAUUAUACAAUAUCCCCCUUUGAUCAACACACUUGACUGAGUAUAAUUUCUGUCAGCACUUGUUCACAUAGAUUUACAGUAGUUCAGCACUUUAGUUAACGGACAGUUGCAAUAUCACAUUUUUACGUCACUCAUUGUGCUCUAAAAAAAAACCCCAGACCAUCCAAAAUUUAAGGGAAAAAAACAAUGUCAAAUUAUGGAAAGCAAAAGAGCCUUGAAACUUGUUACUUCAUCAGCUUCACAAAUAAACAAAACUGACUUACUUACAUGUUGUCAUCCAUUUCUAGUCAUGUUCGAAGUUUAAUCCAGGUCAGGAACUUCUUUAGAGAGAUUGCCUCAUUAAGCAGUUGUUUCUUAUGCUUUUAUUUUGAUGUUAUUACUAGUUUUCUUUAUAUCCUGUAUUGUAAAAACAUGCCUUAUACCUGUGUCUUACUUUAGUGCCCCCUGCUGGGUACCACAUAUUGUGUUGAUUUGUAGUUAGCCCAACUUGUUGAAAGUUGAUCGAUGUGGUGAUCAACAUUGAGUAAACUUCUAUAUAUAAUACCAAAAUCUUUCGUGAUGAUAUUGAUCAUGCUCUCAAGCUAGCCUGUAGCAACAGUUUGUGGUGUAGCGACGCUAUCCCACAGUUAGCUAAGUUUUUGCUUUAUGUGUUCAAUCAUUUUUCAGAUUUCUUCUGGGAGAGCUAAUAGACCUCUGUUGUUAUUUGAAUAAACCCUAACCCUUUAAUAUGAAUGACUGAGUUAAUCGAUGUGGUAGGAGCACAAUAAUUUCCCAAACGACUAAUCACACAUGACAUUUUGGUCAUUUGUUGUUUAGUAUGUUUUGAUGUGUCACCAUCUUGCAUGAUAAAGUUAUAAAAAUCAACAUUAAAGCUGGAAUAGUAGCUGAUUAAAACUGUAAAUAAGUCAGAGUGUAUUUCUGCAGGAAGCCCUUCGGGUCACGCUAUGGGUGCCGCUGGGGUUUGGUAUGUGAUGGUAACAGCAACAUUGGCUACUGCGACAGAGAAGCAAUGCCCCCCUCUGCUAUACAAGUGAGUGUGGUAAUACCUGUAAAACGUGGACAAAUAUGCAUCUAGAUUACCGUUUUGUGUCUGUAAAUAUUUGUUCACUUUCUGUUAGAUUCUUGCAGGCAGGACUUUGGAGUCUAAUGGGUCUGAUAUUGGUGGUGGUCUGCAUGUCAAGAAUCUAUGUGGCGGCCCAUUUUCCACACCAGGUCAUAGCAGGAGUCAUCACAGGUUAGUUGAGUCAAAAACAUUUGUUUGAAGAUGUGUUCAUGAAACUUUUCGGUGAGUUUUGUAAAUUAACCGUAGAGGGCCUGUUGCUCCAUGGUCCAUGACACUUUGCAACGAUGCAGUGUUCCUUCUUCUGUAAUUUUGUUGCAGGAGUACUUGUAGCGGUGGUUGUCUCCAAGCAAAGAAGCAUCUACAGUGCCAGCAUGAAGAGGUAUUCCUAUAUCACCCUCUUUUUGACCUCCUUUGCCGUUGGCUUCUACGUCCUGCUCAAAUUUUUGGGUGUGGACCUUCUUUGGACGAUGGCAAAGGCCCAGAGGUGGUGUGUGACACCUGAGUGGGUCCACCUGAACACCACACCCUUCGCCAGCCUCCUGCGUAACAUGGGCACCCUGUUUGGCCUGGGUCUUGGUUUGCACUCGCCUCUCAACACGACGACCAAGAAGACACACAGUUUCAGAGUGGGAUGUGUCCUAGUCUCCUUAUUUCUUCUACAGCUGCUGGAUGGGUGGACAUUUUCCUCAGAAAAUCUCGUGAGUUUUUAUUUCCUGUGUUUUGGUAAAAAUACAGUUGCACUUUCAAUCCCAACCACUCUGGUGCCCUGGGCUCUCAGCGGGAUUUUCAGUGGAAAGAAAGAAGACAAGAACUUGUGAUCGAGAACCAAACUGUGGUUCGAAGUUAAUAACAAACACAGUUUCUCUUUAUUUUCUGUAUCAUUUCACUUUAUGUGUUACUGUUGUAUUCAGAAGACGGACAUUUUCUUGUGGCAUCUUGAUAAUUUGAGGAGCUUGAACACUUUGAUAAUGUUGUACGGCAGAUUCUUAGUUUAAAAUAAGGGAAUAUAAUUAUUUCUGUUGCUGUAUUUACUGUUUUUGAACUGAUAGACAAGAAAAUGUAGACAAGGUAUUCAAAGGAAGACAAGACUCACGCACAAAACAGCCAGUUCAUAGCUAAAUUAGCUAGCCUUAGCCACUCAUACCUUUCCUAUUAUCUCCUUGAACUAAAAAACUUUAAGGUUAACUAAGGAGCUUAACAUUAGCUGUUGUCUGGCAUAAGCUCCAGGCAUUUUAACCACAAGUUAGCAUGUCACAUCUUCUUGUAGCUUGUAACUUGUAGACUUACUAAACGAAACAAGCACAAUGUUAGCUAGCUCUGGAUUUGCUAGCUAGUUACAUUUGCACAAAGCUAGACAGUUUCCUCAUUUCUAGAUUUCGCACUUCCUGUUUCAGACUUUCAAAACGUAUUUCUGGUGGCUCCUUUAUGUUUGUUUUUCAUCUGCUCAGGACUUUUGUAAAACUUCAUUUUUAUACAAACAAAGUUAGCGAACAAGACCUAAAAUUUUGUCUUUGUCUUGCUUGAAUAAUGUAAAAAAAAAUAUGUUGUUAGCAAUAGGAAUAAAAACUGUUUUAUAACCA